AUGGCAACUAUCUCCGCUGCUCCAGUACACUCACUCCCAGAGUACUCAGCAGAGACUGGAGGGUGCUCCUUAGCUUGCAGAGAGAUGUCCUGUCCCAGAGUUGACCCCGCUCCCCAGGGCAUUCUCUUUGCUUCCUUUGCUCCAUGGCCCGGGGUCUGCUGGCUCCCUUUUCUGCCCUGCACCUGGGGCUGCUUCCGUUUGCUUUUCCAUGAAAUCUUAGGCCAGAAGAAUCUUCCCAUUCUCAUUUGGCAAGCUUGGGAUCGUUACCAUUUCAGAGCUGGAAGAGAACUCGGAGACAGCAUCAAGUUGCUUUUAGAAGCAAGGAUCCUGAAGUGCAGAGAAGUGAAGCCACGGGGCCCCAUCAGCCAGUUCUGUCCAGAAGGAAAGCUCAAUGACUUGAGGAAUAUUUCACCAUCUGAAACACUUAACAAUGGCAAAGCUCAAAAGAGAAUGGCUUCCUCCUUCCUUGACCUGAAUUGA